AUGGGACGAAUACGUUGGGAAUUACCAAAUACGAACGAUAAAUAUGGAACGAAUACGUUGGAAAUUACCAAAUACGAACGAUCAAUGUUAAUUCAAGCAGCAUUAACUUCUGGUGGAUUAAUAAUUGGAGCCAUAUCAUUCGGCUUUCUGUCAAAGAUUUUGAUACAGAUUUUUGAUCAAAAAGCUUUAUUACCAAUAAACAUUUCCCAUUGCUCAUAUAUCCUUUUAUAUCGUUGUACAUUGCCAACAGCUUUUUUCUUAACGAACGAACGUGCUCGUAAAUAUCUAUGUUCACGUUUGAGAAAUAAUGUUGUAAAAUCUAUCCCACGUCUAACAAAAUAA